AUGGCCGAGCACGACACGAUCUCUCUGCGGAGUUUAACGUCCGUUUCCUCGUCAUCCUCCAGCUCGUCGUUCGUUUUCGACGGCACCAAUUCCGACAUUGCGCGGCAGCUUCUCAUCCGCCAUCAAGCUGGUGAUACGGCCGAACAAGUCAACCUCACGUCGAUUCCUACCGCUAUACUAGAUCGACUGAUUCCGCUCAAUAUUAACUUCGAUGGUCUUCCUGGUCUCGUCCAACGUGCUGUGCUCUGGGAUACCGGCUUUGCCAUUUCACCCGGUAAUAAUCCCAUUCAGAUCUGGACCAUGCAGAAUUACACUAUGGCAGAUCUAGCAGUGCCUAAAUCUGACGUCUCCUUUGUGGACUGCACGUAUCUCAAUUGUUCGCAACCGAGUGAGGAGAUAGCGCACUACGCGCAGUACUGUACCGGGUGGCAGAUGCUGAAUGUGUCUCGCUGUGUGGCCGAUGACUUCGAAGACCCGGGAGCUGAUACGUAUCUAGGGAUGAUGUGGUCUACUGGUGGUGACCCGAACAUGACCCCGUCAAUUCGACUGAGAGACCACACGUGGACACAAGACAUUGCAGAAUUUGGUGGUAACGUCACCUUCUCUGUCUACGUGGUACACACAGUGUCACAUGAGCUUGAUCCGGCCUGGAACCAGUGUCCACCAAACAACGGAUUUGGAUCACUGACAGUGCCUUGCCACAGAAAAAUCGAGUUCACGGACGAGUACAUGGCCGCAAACACGACAGUCCCAACAGGUUCGGAGCUGGUGACUACGUGGCUAAAGAACGAGUUUGCAAUGGAGAAAACUCAGUCGCAGAUGUGGAUCCCGGUCUUGUUAAGUGUGAUUAUUAUCGUAGCUGGAGUUGUUCUGGGAUGGCUCGGUUGUCGUCGAAAAUCGAAGGCUUCAAUGGUGAAGCAAAUAUCUGGAGCUAAAGGCGCUAAUAGUGAUAGCCACAGAUCCCUUUCAAUCUCCAGUUCAACGUCACUGCCUGGUUCCGAGAGUCUCCACUACGAGAGGGCUGGAUCGAACAAGACACUCCAGAUUCUGCUGGAUAGUGAACACCUCGAGGGAAAACGGAUUCCGUAUGAAUCUGUUGUGUUUGAGACUGCUAUUUCAAAGGGAGCAUCGGGAGAAGUCUGGGUGUGUGAGUACAAUGGACAGAAAGCGGCGGUUAAACGCCUACUUCAAAGAAAGAAACAGAAGGCGGAAAGCGUGCAGGAAUUUGCCAAAGAAAUUGAGUUAACUGCCAGUCUUGUCCACCCGAACAUCGUCCAGUUUAUUGGUGUGGCUUGGAAUAGUCUCGACAAUUUGGUGAUGUUGCUGGAAUAUUUACCCACAAGUCUAAAGGAUUAUCUUGAGAAGAACAAAGAUCGUCUAUCGUGGGCAAGAGAUAAAAUCUACAUUGCCAUUGGAAUCGCUCGUGCGUUGGAAUAUCUCCACGCUCGUACGCCACCUCUGAUCCACCGAGAUCUCAAGUCCAGCAACGUUCUACUUACGGAUUCAGUCGAGCCGAAGAUCAUCGACUUCGGUGUAAGUCGUGGUCGUGUCGAGCUCUCAAUGACUGCGGGUGUAGGCACGCCAUUUUGGACAGCGCCUGAGAUUUUGGAGGGCAACCACUACACCGAGAAGGCGGAUAUCUACUCGCUCGGCGUCGUCUUGUCCGAGCUCGACACUUGUGAGGUUCCCUACCACGACGCCGUGUCGGAAGACGGAACUAAACUGAAGCCGUUCCAGAUCUUAAAAGAGGUCAUGUCCGGCACGAUGCGGCCGAGUUUCUCCCAAGAAUGUCCUGCUAGAAUUCGCAGAAUCACUUCAGCCUGUUUAUCACUCGAACCAUCGAGGCGUCUGACGGCACAACAACUCGUUCGACAGCUCGAAGGUCUGGACAAUUGCACUGAUAGCGGAGUAGAACAGCUAUAA